AUGGAUGAGAAUGACAAAUCCUUGCGCGCCUCCUCCCGUAAAGAUGAGUUAGAUGCCCUCUUCGAAAGCCUCUCACCUUUCGAUAUCAUUUACCUCAGAAAGAAAAUUUCUGAGACCACAAUAAUUCUGGCUGGUUUAGAGAAGUUGCCCCCAGAGAUGAUCUGCGAGAUCCUGAAGUAUCUCAACUUUGGUGACUACCGUGCUUGCCUUGCUGUGAGCAAGAGCUGGAAGGCUAAGUUCGGUAUGAAAGAUACCAUGACCCAAGCUCUUCAUACCUUCUUCCCUGGUCUUAUUCCUAUGAAUCCCAAUGAUCACCCCCAAAAGCUGUUCUCGAUUGAACUAGCUAAGCACCUCAAGUGGAGGCACCCUUACGACAGUCGCACCUGGACACCUUGGGACUUGUCUACCACCAACUUUUUCUCUCGACAAACUGCCGCAGUCCACUCUCAGGGUGUUCCCUGGGCAUUCCUUUACAACAAGGGAAAGCUGGUAUGGCAGCUUUCCACCCAAAUAAUCAUCAUAGAUGACAUCAGAAAGGCACACCGGGAGAGGUUCGCCCCUCUUGCUAGUGCCAUGAGAGGCGCGCGAUUUCAAGCGGCCGCUAUUAGCGACCACUUCCUGAUCCUUCUCGAGCUGCUGUCAGGCUUGAACAAAAUCCAUGUUGCCAAGAUAGAUACCAGAGGUCCCUGGGCUGAGUUUACCCUCCCCGCCGGUCUCGACCACGCGUUUGUAGACCUGAAAAAGAUGUUCUUUGUCACCAAAAAUGGAAACAUCUUCAGCUACAGCUGGCGGGAGUCUCUACAGGAAGUAGACCUGUCUGGAAUCGGACACUCCUUUGGGCCACAGCCAGGUUGUUAUGGCUUAGCGCAAGUGUUGCCACAUCCUCAACAUGAUGAUGUUUUUUUCGCCGUCUGGGCUCUCUCCCACUCUGCUCGUGACUUGAACCUCUUUACCCUGAAGGUGGUGAAGUUCAAGGACGGAAAGAUUGUCGGCACCAAGACCAUGGCAAUCCGCAACCCCCUGCAACACCCACAGGAGGGCUGCAAUGAAUUUACCCGGCUUGCGAUAACGUUCUCAACCCGCAAGUCUGACGACCACGGCACCUACACUCUGGCCACCUACCGCUUCCAGGGCUUCGACAAGAGAAAGCUCGUGCUCUGUGACUGCUGUGACCCCAAGACCUUGAAUGGCGACUGGAACGUCAUCACCUUCAACCUCUUCACAGAGUCCUUCGCGCACUACGAAUUUCUCUCCGCAGACCCGGACCUCCGGUGGAACGGCGAUGCUCGUGCGAUGCAGAACCAGAAGAACGUCAAGCGACUGACGGACACCCACUUUUGGAAGGGUGAUCUAGUCCUCGCAUCAUCAAUCACAUUUGAUGAAUCGGGACCUCACGAGUACGCUGAGUACUACACAGAGACUCACCUGGAGACUCUCCGGCCCUUAGGCAGACCACUCGCGCCAGUACCCCAAUGGAGACCUAUGAGACACGCAGACCCUGGGCAGGCGCUGAGAACGAAAGUGUUCCAGGACGACGACUUCGUGAUCGUGCCUAGCCUAGGCGGUCUGGCGCUGUACAAGCCAGAGAAGACGGCCCCGAACCCGGGGACCUUGUUCGACCACACCCUGCCAUUCCAGGACAUGGGGCAAGGAAAUCUGCCGCUCAAGUUUCAAUUUUGGCAAAACGCCAGAUUUAUUGAGCUGAAGCACGAGAAGGAUCCGGAGGAUGAGGAUGAGCAAGGGGAAAAUGAAGACGGAGAUGAUGGCGGGGAGGACGGGAAUUGA